UGGCGCGCAUGCUCAGGCGGGGAUGUGUGCGAAGCCUGCCGCUCCUGCAGCGAGUCUGGCGCAGAGUGGAGCGGCCGCCGGAGAUGCCUGACGCAUCUGUCUGAGGAGCGGUCAGUGACGCGAUGGAGCGGGCAAGGGAUCGCUUACACCUGAGACGAACUACAGAACAGCACGUACCAGAGGUGGAAGUCCAAGUCAAACGCAGAAGGACUGCCUCACUGAGCAACCAAGAGUGUCAGUUGUACCCGAGGCGUUCUCAGCAGCAGCAAGUACCUGUGGUGGAUUUCCAGGCUGAACUGAGGCAGGCAUUCUUAGCUGAGACACCAAGAGGUGGUUAAAGCCAUAUUGGAGUAGCAAGGAAUCUGAUUCCAAGAA